UAUAAAGUUCAAUGUGCGUCGAAUAUUGGCCAUUUGAGAAGUUUCUUCAGUUCAGUAAUCUACUUUCCACUUUUAUAAUUUUGUGUGAACUUCCAGCAUUUUGGUGAAGAUGGGAGAAGCUAAAAAGUUUUCUUUAAGCAGCCUUUCCCUAACAUACUUCAUAGUGUUUAUGUGCGGAUACUACAUCUUGGCUUCUGCUGAUCAAGGAGAUUAUAAAAGAGGUCUCGGUCGACGUAGACUUUCAAUAGCUGAUCUCAUUCAUCGAUCUUAUCAGAAAAUCUUUCCGGAGUUAAGUGACUGCUGCCCUAUGACACUGGAUCGUUUUGAUGGGGAUAAUUCUACAUAUGCCAAUUCCUCGACCCGUUUGGUGCUUCUUCACUAUAUCAAUGCAACUGGAAAUAGCAGCUUUCCUUGUAUUGGAACUAUAAUCUGCAGGUCUUAUGUUUUGACUGCUGCUCAUUGUGUUAGUGGGCAAUUUGUGAAAAAUUUUGGAAAUCUAUCGCACAUCAGAUUGGGUCAAGAUGCUACACCAAAUCUUCAAUGCCAGAAUAAAAACUGUACUAGGUUGGCAACUGAUAAAAAGAUAGGAGGAGUUAUCGUUCAUGAAGGUUAUAACGACACCACGCGUGAAAAUGAUAUUGCUUUGAUACGGUUCGAGGAGCCUUUGUCUGAAUUUACGUCCGAAAUUGAACCAAUCUGUUUGAGGUGGGUCCACAAACCCGGUGCCCUGGAAACGUCUUCAAAUGAGAAAUUUUCUGUCAUUGGUUGUCGGCCUAAUUCGAAUGCCAGACAGAAUCGUACCAGCAACAAGCAAGACAUUACCCUUUUUGAGCGGGAGCAGUGUUCCAGUGAGUAUUCGAAGAUUCAUAGAAUAGUCACUGAAAGUCAAAUUUGUGGAGUAAGAGACGAUAAUCGAAGUACGUGCAACGUCAAUUCUGGGGUUCCCUUGGUCUCGUACAUAGAUAACUGUCCGAUACUUGAAGGAAUCAUGUCAUUUAGAAAACGCAGGAAAAAUAAUAAUUUGCCAGAUGUUUUUAUCGAUAUAAUGGCUUAUGAAAAGUGGAUUGAAAAAAAUAUAGUAGGUUAGAUAGUGUGGCAAUCUAUUUUUAAAUUCAUAUAAUCUUCACCAAACUCAAGCAAUGCUCAUAAGUAUGUUUUGGUUUGUAAACUAUAGUUCCGAGUCUAAAAUGAUAAAUGUUUGCUGAAGGAAGUAAGUUAAUACUUCAAGUAUUAAAAAACUUCUUCCAAAAAUAUAAUUGCAAGGACAAUCGAUUUUUUAUAGUACUGAUCAACAGUAGGGAACGAUAUUCUAGUCACCGGGAAAAAAUAAAACACGCGCUGAAAACUAGAGAAAACAAAUUCAAUAAAUCUAAAAUUAUCUCUU